AUGCAAAGCUUAAAACUGAUAAUUGAAAGUGGUAAAAUUAAGGCUGCAAAACUAAGAGAAUUUGACUUGGUGUUUGCUAACAUAGAUUCAUAUGUUGAAGUCCCUUUUAUUCCAAAUUCACUGACAUACAAGAACAUGCCUAUUGUGGUUGCAAAAGAUGGCACUCAGUAUAAAUAUAAAGAAGCCAAAGAAUAUGUGGAUAAAACUGAAGCAUCUGUUAUAAUAUCAUCAAGUCCAUGUAUCACUUCUGACAAGUGGCUUCUUUCUGACGCUGAUAUUGGAGAGGUCAAUGGCACUUUGCCAACUACCCAACUGGAUUCGAUCUUGACGUCACAAUCUAAUUUUGAUUCUGAAGGUUUUACCAAUGUAAAAGAAUACGAAAAUGUCAAUAUAUAA